AAAUAUAUAUUAUUAGUCAACAAAAGAUAUGAUAUUUUCAUUUAUGUUUACUAAGUAAUAAAUAUAGAUUUCUAUUUCCAAACAUUAAAAAAAAAAACAGAUAAAAUCACUAGAUAUGUGUUGUUCUGUCAUAUCUGUGUAUACUACACUAAUUUCAUUACAAACCAAACUAAAAUAAUAUACAUCGUUCCUUUCAUAUUCAACAGAAGGAAUCGGUUUCAAAACAUAAUUAGAGAGAAAAAUGAACAAUCUUCGCGUAAUUAUAGCUGUGUUAUUGGCCGUUCUUGUCUUCACCGCGACUGUUUCAGAGUCUGCGGAGGAAAUGGGAAAAGGGGAUGUCACAAUCUCACUUAAAUGCAAAACGAAAACGGAAUGCUUAAAGAACAUUGCGUGUGAGGCUUGUGUCGAUUGUCGAUGCGAUAGUGGAACUUGUAAAUGCCAUGGUUUCACAGCAGAAACCAAUAAUCCAACCGUUUAAUUAACUCAUAUUUCUCCUAAAUGUUCUCUUUUUCUUUUUAUAUUGUGAAAGAAAA